ACAAAUCACGUUACCAUGCUUGAAAGACGAAGUAGCCACUGCCUAUACUCUUGUUCACCAUGUGUACUACUUGAUUUCCGAGCAACAUUUUUCUUUCUUUUCUGUAUUGUGAACCACACCAAAGAGACCAUUCUGCCAUGGACUACAAUAAACCCCUAGACUUGCUUCACGUGGCGGAAGAGUCUGAUUGGGUCAGAAAGGUAAAUAUGGCUCGCGUUGACGGACGAAUUUGCGACUGGGCCAGAGGCUUUCAUCCCAAAAAUAAGCCAUGCCGGUUGGAUGGUGGCUUUUUGAAUGGUUCAUAUAAUCUUGGCCAAAAGAUUAUAUUUGACGAUGGUACGACCUGGUUUCUACGUCUGCCUCGCGCUAGCAGCAUUUCGCCAGAAUAUGCAGAUGAAAAGGUAGCUAUAGAGGUGGAAGCUCUUUAUCUCUUCCGGGAGAAGACAUCGAUACCUGUCCCGGAAAUCUACGCUUGGGGCUUUGCAAGGGAGAACCAACUGGGUCUGGGCCCAUUCAUACUGAUGAGUUUCAUCAAUGGCGUCUGCCUUAAUGACGUGUUUGGCGGAAAUGGUUCAAGACUGCUUAAGAAAGAAAUUCCAGAUGCGGAUGUCGAAUACAUUUAUAGGCAGAUGGCACGCUUUAUGUUGCAGAUUUUUAACAUCGAUUUCGAGCGAAUUGGCAGCUUGCCCACCCCGAAAACACAAUUUCCGGCGCCUAUUCGUCCACUUACGUGGAAGGUACACGAGAUCCUGAGAGUAGGGGGUGUUAAUACCUUUGACAAUCGAAACGAUGGUUUCUCUACGACUGGAGAAUAUUUUCAGUAUGUCAACAGACAGGAUUGGAACCAGCUACUGCUUCAACCGAAUUCAAUUGCAGGCCCGCGGAGUGCCAAAUCGAGAUACGCGUCUUUGAAGAUAUUGAAGUCUCUUAUACCCGAAUUAACUAAUAAAACCUAUGAUCGGGGCCCUUUCAAACUCAUCUGCGACGAUUUCGGCCUAGCAAAUGUGAUUGUACGGAGUAGGGAUGACCUUACAAUUACCGGAGUAGUGGAUCUCGAGUGGGUUUAUGCUGGACCAGCUCAGUUAUUUGGUACGGCUCCCUGGUGGCUUCUUCUGGACAGGCCAGUCAACGAUGAGUGGGACUUCGAGGAGGGAGAGGCUCCGAAAGCGACUGACCGAUACUUCAAAUGUCUGGAAAUCUUUAAACGAGUGCUGGCGGAGGAGGAGGCGAAGAUGAGCGGAUUCCACGGUAACGAGCUCUCUGAUCUCAUCAAGUGGUCUGAAGACUCUGGUGCCAUGUGGUUCCAUAUGCUUCUGUCGAGCGGCUUUUUUGAUACUCCUAGCUUCCCUUGUAUGCAGUUGCGGAAGCAUAAGGGCGAGGAAUGGUGGGAUAGAAACUUGGACGAUUACGCGAAUGAAGAGGAAGUAGGAACUUUCAUUACCAGCAAGCUGGAGGGCUUAGAAGCCUAUGACAAGGUCAAGGAUACGGUUGAACACUGCAAAACUCUCAUGGACAGCGGGAAGAUGACAACGGGGGAUUUCAUUAAUACAGUUGGCCCUCUUCUCCAUUCUGGUCGAUAGGUAGGCCAAUUCGGGUACUAUUUCUUUGUGUCAAUAUCAUUGACAUGCUCUUGCUUCAUAUAGAUAAUUUACGCGAUUUGGUGCACAGUGGUGUUUGCGUUACCAUAGGGGAGGGAGGUACGGACCCUUGCUUUUGCGUUACAGUUGGAUCUCAGAACGCAUUAGUGCCCAACGAACAAAGAAUGAGGUCUGAACAUACUUGCUCGAGCCCCGACAAUCCUAUAUCAUUUUGUAAGAUAGUAUCUGAAGAGGCUUGUGGCUAUACUGCCGUCAAAACAUUUCUUAUUGUUCAUCCCCAUGGUUGUAGUUCCAUAACUUAUCAAAUCAUCGGAGUUUUAUUUUCCCGGUUCUAGCCGGCCCCUC